AUGUCGUGCGGCGUCGCACGGAAUCUGCAGCAUGUUCGUCAACGUAUCUCGGAGUUGCUGGCGGCGAGUCCAUGGAAACAAGAGUGCACGCUGGUAGCUGUGAGUAAAACCAAACCUGUGGCGGACAUCGAGACCGCUUAUGCGCUGGAUCAGCGGCAUUUCGGAGAGAACUACAUCCAAGAACUCGUCGAGAAAGCACCUUUGUGUCCGUCGGAUGUUCAGUGGCACUUUAUUGGACAUCUGCAGAGCAACAAAGUCAAGACGCUGGUCAAGGAAGUGCCUAACCUGUACAUGGUUGAGACUGUCGACUCGAUCAAGCUCGCAAACAAGCUGGACAAAGCAUGGGGCGAAAAGCAAUCCGGGAGUCCGUUGCGAGUAAUGGUGCAGGUCAACACGUCUGGCGAGGUGCAAAAGAGCGGCGUCCCGCCCGCUGACUGCGUGGAAUUGGCCGCGCACAUCCAUGGUAGUUGCGAGAAUUUGACCCUGUCCGGUCUCAUGACCAUCGGGCGCUUUGACGACGACACGUCCGACUGCUUCGAGUCGCUGGUGGCCUGUCGAACGGAGGUGGCCAAGGCACUGUCCGUGGACGAGGCGUCGGUUCAGCUGAGCAUGGGCAUGUCAGAUGACUUUGAAUCAGCGAUCAUGCACGGCAGCAACUUUGUCCGAGUCGGGUCCAACAUCUUUGGGGCACGAAACUACGCCGCGUCGUAG